AUGUGUGAGACCACUAUCAUAAUAAUAGUAGAGAUUGAUGCCAUAGCAAACGAAUUAGAAGACAAUUUUGAAAAAGAAGUAAAUACUAAACUAGGAGAUAAAGCAACACAAUUAAAAGAAUAUGAGACUCAAGUUCCUCUGUUGACUGAGGAAAAUAAAAAACUAACCGAAGAGCGAAAAAAAUUAAGUGAUGACUUAUUUAAAGCCCAAACUGAUAAUAUUGAAUUAACCCGAGCCAUUACAGAGAUUGGUUUAGACCCUGAAGAUUUAGAAACUAGUUCAAAUAAAUUAGUUGCUGAUAAUUUAGCCAGAACAUUAGAGAUAGCCAACCUUAAUGUUAGAAUCACCAAUUUAGAAGAAGAAGUAAAUAAAGAAAUAACUGCCUUACCUAAUGGGCAAACUCUUACUAGUUUAAUCACUUUUUAUCAGCAUAAUGUUAAUCAUAAAUGUGACAAUGUUCCUACUGAUUACAAUACUACUAAAGCUGAGUUAAACACAGUUAAAGCAACUCUAGCUCAAAUAACUGCGGAAAGAAAUGCUAGUCAAGUAGCCUAUCAAGAAUUAAUUGGUAAUGAUGGAUUAGAUUUAGAAGUUGUUCAUGAAGAUGGAGCGGGCAGAGGUCAAGUGAACAACAUUAAAUUAAAACAUUUAAAAACCAGUGCUGACAAUGGCAAAAAACUAGCAUAUAUUUUCCCUGAAUUGUUAGAUAUGAAUAACUACGAGGUAAGAGAAAUCGAUUUAACUAAUUUAAGAAACCUCUAUCGUCAAGUCAAAAAUGAAGGUGAUUUAGAGGGAUUGGUUGACCGUGAUAAAUUAAUUAUUGAUACGGGUAAAAUAAAGAAGUUGGCGGAAGAAGCAGGUGAACCAAAUGAAGCCGAAACCAAAUUAGCCCACUCAACUCUAAUUAUCAAUAAUGCUAAUACUAAACUGGGAAUAGAUAUCACAACUGAUGAUUUAGGUAAAAAAUUGGAUGGUGCAAAAGAUGUUCCCGAAGCUAUUCGACAAGCUAAGGAAUUAGCAGGAAUUAAAACCGAACUAGAUACUAAAAAAAGAGCUAUUGACGGGAAAGCCGACUUAGAUACCGCUAAUGCUACAAUUGCUACUCAGGAAGCAACAAUUACUAGUCAGAAUAAAACAAUCGCUGAUGCGAAAGUUGCCUUGGGAAUGGAACCAACUGCCCGAUUAGAUACUUUACCAAUUUUAUUAAAUAACAAAACUCUUCAAAAGUUAAUAGAGGAUAGCAAUAAUUUACCCCAAAUUCAAGCUGACUUGGAUACGGUUAAUGAAGAAAUUAUUACUUUAAACACUACUAUUGAUAAUGCUCAAACUUAUUUAAAUAUUCCUAAUUUAACCGCAGACA